CCAGCCAGGCGUUGCGGAGAGCGGCCGGGCCCGGGCUGCCGAGGCUUGGACGCAGGACGGGGCGGACGUAGCUCCAGCGGCGAGGGGACGGCACGGGCCGGGAUGGGGCCGGCGGCAGCGCUGGCCCUGGCCACCUGGCUGGUGGCGGCGGCCGAGGGGGCGGCCAACAGCAGCCGGCUCUGCCAGGAGCCCCCGGCGUGGACGGUCAACGGCUCGAGCCCCAUGGCGGGGGCGGCGGGGCAGGUGACGGUGGUGGCCCUGCUCAAGGCCAGCUGACACUUCUGCCUGUUGCAGGCCCGCAGCCUCGGGGUCUUGCGAGAGAAGCUGUCGCGGCACGGCAUGGCCGACGUCCGCUACAUGAUCGUCAACGAGAAGGCGCCGCUGUCGCGGGCCAUGUUCGGGGAGCUGGCGCGCCAGGCACCUGCCGGCGUCCCCGUGUACCAGCAGGAGCCCCAGGACCCCGAUGUGUGGCAGGUCCUGGAGGGCAACAAGGACGACUUCCUCGUCUACGACCGCUGUGGCCGCCUGGCUUUCCACAUCCAGUUACCCUACAGCUUCCUCCAUUUCCCUUAUGUUGAGUCAGCCAUCCGCUUCAUCUACAGCAAGGACUUCUGCGGCAACUGCUCUCUCUACUCCAACAGCACCCAGGAGUUUAACAGCACCAUUGAGGUCCCUGCAAACCCAAGCCUGCUUCCCAAACAGGAGGAGAAGGAGCCAGGGAUGCCCAUUCACCAGCACAGCCCUCUCCAUUCUCAACACCUUGUGGUCAGCAGUGAAAAAGCCUCAGACCUGAGUGGGGACCACCAACCUGCUGCCCAUGGUCUCCACCACCACAGAGACCACAGCAAGACCGAUCCCAAGGGGCAGGAGCAGGAGCAACAUGACCACUAAGCAGGGCUGGGCUGCCUUGGGGAACUCAGUGCUGUGCAAACCAUGCCAAUCCACUUCCUAGAGGCAUGAAAGAACUUGCUGGUCCCUCAGGUUGCUGGUCACCAGCAGCAUUGAUUUAGCAACCUCCUUCAGCAUCCCUCAUGUAGGUCAUAUUCCCACUCCGUAAUGAAAAUCUCCCUCAGUCAUCAAAAGAUGCUGCCUUUCCUGCUGUAGGGUUCAGUUCUGACUUCCUCUGCUGACGCUUGCCUUUCCAUGAUCAAUGAAGCCCGCAGUGCAAACUGGGACCACCCUGGUCACUGCGGGAUGACACUGCAUGGAGCAGCAGAGCAGAGGUGGAGGAGACAGAACUGGGACGUGAGCAGUGCUGGCCAGCAGAGCCUCUGCCCAUCCUAGCAUCCCCAGGCAUCUUGGCCAGGGAGUGAGUGGAGGGGCAGUGUGCACCCAUGAGAUGUGAGCCCAGAGGGUAGAGGAGUUACAAGUGAAUGCUUAUGGGAGGUCACUGCUUCUGAUGGUCCAAACCCUGUACCCCCAAAGCUGCUACAUUCUGGGGACCUCCAUGCCUUGCACACAGAUAUGUGCAGUGGUGAUGGGUGGCCGCAAGAUGGUGGCCUUGCUCCCUCUUAGAAACCCAGGGGCCAUGUCCAGGGCCCACAGCCCUAGGAGAAUGCACAUGAAGAUACUGGGGCCUUUCCUGGAGAGGGAGAGAGGUCGGUGGUCUAUGGGGGAUGUGAAUAUUGAGAUCAUGAAUAAAACCUCUGUGGAGUGAA